AGCGUUUGGGCCUUAAGGAGACAGGCCUGCCUCUCUUCUGCCUGACCUUCUGCUGUCUACGUUCUGCAGCAUCCAAAGAAUGACACAGCCAUCAUUCGGGAUAAACUUGCCUAUCAUGACUACUAUGAAGAAGAGUCUCGAAAGGACUUGCCUUGUGAAUAACAGAGACGCAAAGAGGUACACCGUAAAUCUUUCCAGUAUUGAUCUGCAAAAGAAGAAUUCAUACCAAGAAAAUCACCAAGAGAAACUAGCAUAUGCUGGGCCUGUUUCAAGGUAUCACUGCCAUAACCACUCGGAAGCCUAUGAGAUCAGAAAGGGAGAGCAACAUCAGGCCAAGCAGAAGCUCUAUGUGGCAUCAGUAAUCUGCCUCAUCUUCAUGAUAGCAGAAAUCGUAGGUGGACACAUUGCAGGGAGUCUCGCAGUGAUCACAGACGCGUCCCAUGUUUUGGUUGACUUGAUGAGCUUCCUGAUCAGCAUCUUUUCUUUGUGGCUGUCAUCUAAACCUUCCAGUAAGACAUUAACCUAUGGAUGGCACAGAGCAGAAAUUCUUGGAGCUUUCCUGUCAGCAAUCGUCAUUUGGGUGGUGACUGGCAUAUUGAUAUUUUUAGCCAUCAUGAGGCUGUUGCACCCACAAUAUGAAAUUGAAACUACAGUCAUGCUCAUUACGUCUGUCUGUGCAGUAAUAGCCAACCUAAUAUUAAGUCUGACUCUGCACCCAACGGGACAUAAACACCUUCACCAUGCCCAUGGGGCCCAUCACCGUAAAUCAUCAGACGCAGAACAACUGUUGGCCAAUGCCAGUGUAAGGGCUGCCUUCAUCCAUGCCAUCGGAGAUCUGUUUCAGAGCCUUAGCGUGCUAAUUAGUGCGCUCAUAAUCUUCUUUAAGCCAGAAUACAAAAUUGCUGAUCCAAUCUGCACAUUUAUUUUUUCCAUAUUUAUUCUGAUGACAACCAUCACUAUUUUACGAGACAUUUUGCUUGUGUUGAUGGAAGGGACCCCAAGGGGACUUACCUAUGAUGCAGUGAAAGAGAGAAUUCUAGCAGUAGACAAAGUGGAAUCUGUUCACAGCCUUCAUCUUUGGUCUCUAACAAUGAACCAGAUAAUCCUAUCAGCCCACAUCGUCACAGGGGAUACUCCAGAGAAGCAACAGGUUUUGAAUAAAAUUACUGAAGUUCUAUUUGACACUUACCACUUUUACGCAGUUACCCUUCAAAUCGAAGCCAAAGCAGACCAGAAACCAGACUGUGUUUUCUGUCAAGACCCAACAGAAUGAAAUUAUUGGGUUGCACUAAUAAUCUGCCCUUUGAUGAGCCCAUUGCUAAUAAACAAGCUGGAUGAAUAGGGGUUGCUAAGCCCCAAACUAAACUGCACUGAAAACCAAGUCGCCUUACAGCAUAAAGGUUUUGCAGAUUGCAGAAUGUACAGUUUCAUUAGUUUAUUGUUGACAGCUCCAAUUAGGGAUCAAUGAAUCAUUCUAUUUCCUCUCCAUUUCACUUUUGCAUGCGUUCCCCCAUAAA